CCGUUGGAUUAAAGCGUGAUGGAUUGUACCUUGCUCGGUAAAACUAUCGUCGUAACAGGUGCCGGACAAGGCAUCGGGAACGAACUAUGCCGUACGCUGGAUCAUCUGGGUGCAAAGGUGAUUGCCGUAUCUCGAUCCCCGGGACCGCUGGAAGAAUUGAAAGUAGAGUGUCCAAGGAUUGAAACGAUCCAGGUCGAUCUUAGUGACUGGGAACGAACCAAAACGGCAUUGAAUCCUUUGGGAAAAGUGGACGGAUUGGUCAAUAAUGCCGGUGUUGCCGUUAUCAAACCUUUCCUCGAGCUGACAGAGGACGAUUUCGAUCGCACAUUCAACGUAAAUGUAAAAGCAGCAUUCAAUGUCGCUCAACUGUUGGUCCCCAAGAUGGAGCCCGGAUCGAGCAUCGUGAACGUUUCUUCACUCGCCGGGCUUAAAGCGAUUCACGGCCACUGUGCGUACUCGAUGUCGAAGGCGGCGAUCGACGGGCUAACGAAAAAUCUUGCCCUCGAACUUGGACCACGCAAGAUACGCGUCAACAGCGUUAAUCCGACCGUUAUUCUUACGCGCAUGGGCCGUGAUAAUUGGUCCGAUCCGGCAAAAGCCGAUCCGCUGAAGUCAAAGAUUCCACUCGGACGGUUCGGCGAGGUGAACGAGGUGGUGGAACCGAUCGUUUACUUGCUGAGUGAGCGGUCCAGCUUCGUGAAUGGGCAUUGCCUACCGAUUGAGGGUGGAUUUUUGGCCGGCAAUUAG